AUAUAUAUAUGUAUAUAUAUGAUCCAACAAAAAAUUGAAAGCUUUUCUUUCUGUAAUGGCAACAGUAAAUACAAUGCAGUUAGCUCCAACUUGUAGCCUUUGUCACUUGUACAAGCGAUAACUGGACACUUGCACAUCAGACAAUCAGUCAAUUAAAAAAAAAUUUAAUCUAAAAAAAAAAGUGGAAUCUAGGUUGGCACCGGGGUUUCAAAAGUGAGGACAGAAGAGCUGUUGUCAAAAAAGUGCCCGGCAAAGGAAUUGAAUGCGCAUGACAAAUAUCUUUCAUAUGCAACUUAUCAAACAGCAUUCUUGCUAUCAUAAUAUAAUUACAGCCCAAUUCUCCAGUAAAACGCAAUUCAUGUUUUUCUGGUCAUUUGCCCAAACUCUUGUGCUUCUUUAAUGACAAAAGAGUUGACUUGAAUUAAAAUAUGUUUGUCAACCACUGGCCUGGCCCCUCCACUCUUAUAAAGCAAAGGAUUUGUUUGCUCUCGGUCUGCAAGAAGCCUCCCCUCCAGCGGCAGCUGCCAACAGAUGGCUGAGCCUAGCAAAUGUAACCAGUGCGAAGGGUCCCUUUACGGACAGAAAUUUAUCCUGAAUGCCGAAAUCCCACACUGCGUAAAAUGCUACGAGAAGCUGUUCUGCAACAACUGUUUCGCGUGCGGCCAGCUCAUUGGCUGUACGAGUAAGGAUGUGUCGUUCAAAGCCCAACACUGGCAUGGUGAGUGCUUCCUAUGUAAAAUGUGCAACCAGUCUCUGGUGGAUCAGCCUUUUGCCACCAGGGAUGAGAUGCUGGUGUGCUCAGCUUGCCACAUCACUGAGUUCUCAGCCAAGUGCCAUGCGUGCCUGAAGAAUAUCAUGCCAGGCUCUAAGAAGAUGGAGCACAAGGGCAACAGUUGGCACGAGGCUUGCUUCACUUGCAAAAGUUGCCAGCAGCUAAUCGGCACCAAGAGCUUCAUCCAGAAGGACGCCAGCAACUACUGUCUGUGCUGCUAUGAAAAGAAUUUUGCUCUGCAAUGCAUCCACUGUAAGAAGCCAAUCAUCACUGGAGGGGUCAACUACCACGACCAGCCCUGGCAUAAAGAAUGCUUUGUCUGCACUGGAUGCAAGCAGCAACUGGCAGGGCAACGUUUCACUUCUCGAGAUGAUCUUGUCUACUGCUUCGACUGUUUCUGCAACCUGUUUGCAAAAAGAUGUGCUUAUUGCACCACCCCUAUCAGCGGUCUCGGAGGCAGCAAGUACAUCUCGUUCCAGGAGCGCCAAUGGCACAACGACUGCUUCAACUGCAAAAGGUGCUGCGUGUCCCUGGUGGGCCGAGGUUUCCUGACUUGCAACGAUGACGUCUUCUGCCCGGACUGCGGCAAAGACAUCUGACGGAGCGGCUGUGAAACAAACAGGAGCCAAAUGUCUUCUCCUCUCAUAUAUGCGUUUCGUUUUUUUUUUUUUGUGUCAUUGCUUAUUUUCACAUUAAGGCCUGAUCACUUGUCCUGCAU